AUGACCUCUGUUUCAAACCCUGAUUUCACGAAUGCAAUGGAUCGCAUCGAUUCAGGAGAAACUAACGAAUCUCCUUUCGGGUCUAACCUUGUCACCCCAACUGAGGAGGAUUUAGAAGCGUACACCAAUCGAGGCAUCCACCAGCGAUUUGACGUUGCUAAAACGAUCCUCGGUUAUUUCGGCAACAAGAGCAUGAAUGGCGAAGAUGAGCUAGGAUAUGAAGAACCCUGUUCGGAUGUCAUCAGACUUCAACCCAUGAAGCAAUCCGUCGAAGAAGUAUCUAUCACUGUUGAGCAGAACCAUUCUUUGGAAGACGUAGUCCGUCCCAAAGAGGAGGAUGAAACUGCGUAUGGGCAGGACCCAGAUGAAUCAAAAUUUACGUCAUUAAACGAUGAUACCAUUGAUACCAUUCCUUCCCCCAUCUCCGAGUGUGCCAUAUCAUCUUUAUCUAGUACGGAUUCCAUUCGACCAAGAAAAGGGAGCAUCUAUAAUUUACCAAACACUCACAUUGAGGUAGAAGCACCGCAGACAAGUGGUUUCUCCGAGACCGAGCUGCUUGAUGUAGCAGACGUCGACAGUCAGGCCAAAGCCCAACAUUUACUCCACACCGACCAUAAAAUAGAGUCCGACCCGAGAGCUCUUCUAAUUGGCGCGAUAUCCGAGUGUCUUGUGGAUUUCCUCUUUUUUUGUAUCCGAGUCUCGUUGUUUUUACCCUGGUGUGUGGCUGUCGGAGGCGCUCUCAUCUUAUCCCCGGAGCUACUGGAACCUCUUGCUUUUGGAACAGGUUAUAUCGAACCCCUAUCUGGCAUCCGCCGCUAUUCUCACUGGGCGACCUACGGUUUUCAGCACAUCACUUCCUUCUUCACUCUGAUUGGCGCGCUGGUGUGGGUGUUUCCUUCCAUUGGGUAUCUAGCUAUCGGCGGCAUGCUGGCCCAAUUCUGCUUCACUUGGCACGGUUUCCUAUUCGACUCUACUAUUCCACUUGGUGAAAAUGAUCUCCAGACAGUAUACCUAUUGGCCACCACCACUUGGCUUAACCAUGAUGACACCAUUAACAUCAAAAAAGUCAAUGAUUCAUAUUAUUAUUCAACUAGGAGCUUAACAUCCGAUUCUGUCAAUGAGUUGCUGGAAGGCUGA